GUUUGAUAUGACAUACAGUAUAUAGUGUAGUGUAUACUCUGUACUGUUUGUGUGUGAAGGCUGCUGUACAUUUUGAUGCUUGCCAUUGCCUGGUCUUGUUGAGCAGUAGCUGUCACUUCUCACAUCUCUUCACCCCCCUCUCCUUUCCCCUGCCCCACUCCUAUGCUAAUCUAGCAGACACUCCCCAGCCAUUGGAUGGCAGUGAGUGCUCCCUCCCCUUACACCUCGUGAUGCGAGGGGAGGGAUAUAAGUAGCAGUCUAGCUGGAAGAGGCACAGAUGAUAGCCAGAGCUAUAGACCCUCCAGUCCUCAGUGAGAGGGGUUUGUUCAAAGGCAUCACCUGCCUGCUCUUUCAACCCAACAAAGUUCCCUGACUCCAGUGUCUUCUCUGCUGCAACUGGAAUUUACAAAAAGCCAAGCAGAGAGGAUUUGGGAGCUGUCCCCGGCACUCUGGAGAGGAAGGGGGGAAGGUCUGCUGUUCUCCAGCGUUUAUUUGGGAUUUUUGCCAAGCUCAGCAGAAAGAAGGCGAUCUGAGCAAGCAAGGAGGAGAAUUGAUUAGAAGAUUCUUUCUUCAGAAUUCUCGGCUCUACUCUUCGUCCCCUGCAGCAAGACUAGUCUCCUGCACUGGGGAUCCUUGAGUGUGCAUUGAGAGCACACUCAGGGUAGCAGGGCUGGAGUGAAGAAGCGUGACAUGGCCGGAGAGUUGCCCAUUGGAACAGAUUUGCCUACAAGUCCUCUAGCCAUGGAGUACGUCAAUGACUUUGACCUGAUGAAGUUUGAUGUGAAGAAGGAGCCCCUGGGAGGCAGAGCAGAUCGCACCCUAAGGCAUUGCAACCGCUUACAACCUACCGGCUCAGUGUCCUCCACACCCAUCAGCACCCCCUGCAGCUCAGUGCCCUCCUCUCCCAGCUUCAGCCCCACCGAGCAGAAGACACACCUGGAGGACCUCUACUGGAUGACCAACAACUACCAGCAGGUCAACCCAGAAGCUCUUAACUUGACCCCAGAAGAUGCAGUGGAGGCACUCAUAGGGCCCCACCAGAUGCCCCCACAGCUGCAGGGCUUUGAUAGCUUCAGAGGUCACCACCACCAUCACCAUCACAACAACCACCACCACCAGUAUCAAGGAGUCCCCCAUGAAGACAUGGGCCACCAGCACCCACAUCAUCAUCACCACCAUCACCAUCUCCAAGGUUCUCCAAGUCCUUCUGGGUCCUCCACUUCUUCCCAGCAGCUGCAGAACAGUCACCAACCUCACCACCAGUCCUCCAGCCAAGUGGAAGAUAGGUUCUCCGACGAGCAGCUGGUCUCCAUGUCUGUCCGGGAACUCAACAGGCAUCUCAGAGGCUUCACCAAGGACGAUGUGAUCCGUCUGAAGCAGAAGAGGAGAACCCUCAAAAACAGGGGUUAUGCCCAGUCCUGCAGGUACAAGAGAGUCCAGCAGAAGCAUCACCUGGAGAACGAGAAGACCCAACUAAUCCAGCAAGUUGAGCAUCUAAAGCAAGAGGUGGCCAGGCUGGCCAGGGAGAGAGAUGCCUACAAGAUCAAGUGCGAGAAACUGUCCAACAACAGCUUCAGAGAGGCUGGUUCGACCAGCGACAAUCCGUCUUCGCCAGAAUUCUUUAUGUGAGUCAACCGGGGCAGAACAGAACUUGAGGCUGCUUGUCCUCUGAACAUCUCUAAAACUGCCUGCUUUCAGUAGGGGGGGCGUUGGUGGGUGGUUGGGGGUUCAAGAAAUCCAUCAUUACCAUAAGAACUCAGCACCUACUGUUUGGUUUUUGUAGACUAGUCUUUUGGUGGGACAGGGGUGCACACAAGAAGAACUUUAAACAUAGCCCUUCUAUCUGGGUUGCUCUUUUCUUUGUUGGGGAGGGGGGUUACCAGCCUGUUUGUGGGGGGCUAAGGAAGGGAAGGGGAGAAAACUUUUGGCAGAGGUUUGCUUUUUUUUUAUAAAAGUCCUCCAGUAACUGAUGAAAAAAUGACAAUGUAUCUUUGGAAGGAGGAAAAUAAUGAACAGUGUAAUGUAAGACUGCCUAACUUACAGCUUUGGUUCAGAUAAACUAGUUUAAAGAAGAAACAGGUGGGAGAUUAUGUGCAACCCCUAUCCCUUGGGUUUUAUUGCCUGCUUGAUUAUCUAGAAAAUAUAAGAAACAAAAAAAAAACCUGCAUUAAAAUAUUAAUCCUGCAUGCUGGACAUGUAUGGUAAUAUGUUCUAUUUUGUAACAUUUUGUUGUUUAAUCUGAGCAUGCUGUUAUUCUGGUUAUUGGCCUCAAAUCUUCAUUUUAUUUUUUAUUUUUUUUUUGUAUUGAGGUGUCCAGAUUUUAUUGUUUUGUUUUUUUUUUGUUUUUAUUAGCUAUGUGCUUAAGUUGAAAUAUCCCUGUUCUUCUAGGUUCUUAACUCUUUCGGUGCCAGGCUAGGCAAUCGGCUUUCAGUCCUCUUUUCUUACUCUGGCACUCAAAGGGUAUAAUCUGUAUAUAAUUAUGCCAUCUUCACAUUUCACUUGUUUGAUAUAAGUAUUUCUAUGGGCAUUUUAGUGCACUUUUAGAUUGGUUUUGCCCCUAAGUUUUUUUUUUUUUGUAAUAUAUAUAUUUAAUUUUUUUUAAUUUUUUUUUUUAAUGCUUUGAUCAAAUUUUGAAUGAAAGAAAAAAUAUAAAAUCAAUCACAAAUGUAAAUGUGCUAUAACUAUUUGCAGUGUAUUAAGUGCCUGCUCUAGUUAUAGCUCUUGAUAAAAUGACCCCAAUUCUACUUAAACAUUGUUGUUGUAUGUCAAUAAAUUAUUAUUACCCAGAAUUACUCUCUCAGGAAUUGUAUUAAGAGCAAGCAAACAAAAAAAUGCAUAUAUUAAAAUAUUCACUAAAGGGUGAUUUGUAGUGAAUUGAAAAGUGAAUUUGCCAAAUUUAAGUCCAAAUAGCCAAGUUGUCUAUAAAGCAGGAUUUUUGCAAUUUUUUUCCAAGUCAGUUAUUGUGGCCUAAAUUAUGCAAAAAAAGGACUUUCGGUGCUCCACAAAUCACUGUUCAGUGAAUAUACUCCUUGGUGUUUUAACCCUUCAUCGCCCAGAGGGACCGAUACCAAAUUAUGGCACCGGCUAAUGCAAGUCCUCUGAGGGAUGGAGAGUUAAAUUUGCCAAAGAUGUGAGUAGAAACAAUUCAUCCCCUUUUACAUGAAAUGCUGGUAUCUUGCGUUUUAUUCCUGCUGACAACAGGAUAGUGGAAAAAUUCUAUAGCAUACUCUCUGAGGACAUAGGCAGGGCUCUGUUUUGACAGCUUAAAUUGUGACUUAUAUAGAUACUAAAUACUUUUGCUUCUAAAAGCUGCGUUCUCCUGUUUAUUUCUUACUACUAACAGCUAGCAUAGAAAUUUUUUAUUUUCAUUUUUUUUUACAUUUUUUUUAAAUUUCUGUUCUGCUCAGUUUAUUUAUAUAUGUAGCAGUGAGAUGCAGCCGGUUUCUGAACAGUUUCAUUUUUCUGCUGGUCAGUAAAAAAUAUAUAAACAUAAAGUGAUGCUGUCUGCUCACGGUAUACCAAAAUAUUAUUAUUCUUUUUUUUGUUAAUGCAUAUUUUUUCUUUUUUUUUUCUUUUUUUUUGUUCCUGGCACUGCUGGUGCAGAUGCGUAUGAACUUUAUAAAAAAAUAUUUUUUGCCAGUUUAUUUGUUGAUAAGUUAACUGUAGUAAACAGGUUUUUAUGAACAGCAUGAUGCUUGCAGUCUUAAAAUAUUGUGGAUCUGUGUCAGUGCAUCAACAAUGGUCUGUGGGUUGUUUAUUUGUUUUGUUUUGUUUUUUAUUUUAUUUUUUCCUGAUUCAACUGGGUUGAAAUCAUGUAUUUUUCGGCAGUGAGCUGUUUUUAUUUCACAUAAAGUUCUGAAGGGAAAAAUUUCAUACCCUGCUUCUGAUAAGAUUAAAAAAAACUGUUCAUAUCUGGUCUAUUGUAGUUUAAUUCAGACUGGUUUCUGUUUUUUGUUAAUAAAAUUGUUUCCUAUUUUGCUUAUUAAAAUCAUUGAAAUUGCUUUA